GAUGUCUGCCCUCUGUCCGCAGCCGCCCUGAGCCGCCGGACCCCUCCGCUGGGGCCGAUGCCCAACGAGGACAUCGACGUGAGCAACCUGGAGCGACUGGAGAAGUACCGGAGCUUCGACCGCUACCGGCGCCGGGCGGAGCAGGAGGCGCGCGCCCCGCACUGGUGGCGGACCUACCGGGAGCAUUUCGGGCAGGAGACAGAUCCCAAAGACAAGAUUGACAUUGGGCUUCCUCCGCCCAAGGUCUGCCGGACUCAACAGCUACUGGAGCGUAAACGGAUCCGCCAGGAGCUCCGGGCCAACGUAGAAGAGGAGCGGGCCGCCCGCCUCCGCACAGCCAGCAUUCCGCUGGAGGCUGUGCGGGCCGAAUGGGAGAGGACCUGCGGCCCCUACCACAAGCAGCGACUAGCCGAGUACUAUGGCCUCUUCCGAGACCUGUUCCACGGUGCUACAUUUGUGCCCCGUGUCCCCCUACACGUGGCCUACGCUGUGGGUGAGGAGGACCUAAUGCCCGUGUACUUUGGCAAUGAGGUGACUCCGACUGAGGCUGCCCAGGCUCCAGAGGUGACCUAUGAGGCAGAUGAAGGCUCCACGUGGACACUGCUGCUCACCAACUUGGAUGGACACCUGCUGGAGCCUGAUGCCGAGUAUGUCCACUGGCUGAUAACCAACAUCCCGGGCAACAGGGUGGCGGAAGGACAGGAGACGUGUCCCUACCUCCCCCCUUUCCCUGCCCGAGGCUCCGGCUUCCACCGCCUCGCCUUCCUGCUCUUCAAGCAGGACAAGACAAUCGACUUCUCCGAGGAUGCCCGCCCCUCACCCUGCUACCAGCUGGCCCAGCGGACCUUCUGCACUUUUGAUUUCUACAAGAAGCACCAGGAAGCCAUGACUCCAGCUGGCCUGGCCUUCUUCCAGUGCCGCUGGGAUGACUCGGUCACCCACACCUUCCACCAUCUUCUAGACAUGAGGGAGCCCGUAUUUGAAUUCGUGCGGCCACCCCCUUACCACCCCAAGCAGAAGCGCUUCCCACACCGGCAGCCCCUGCGCUACCUGGACCGGUACAGGGACAGUCAUGAGCACACAUACGGCAUCUACUGAGAGGCCAGAGUGUACCCACGCAGAGAGUGGGUUUGGCCUGCGGGAACAGCAAAGACAGCUCCAGAGGGCCAGGCUGUGGGGUCUGGGCCCUGCAUGAGACAGGCCUUCUGUGGGGUCCUCCCAUCAGGCCCCACAGAGUGAAAGGGACUCUCAGGUGGCGGGACUGGGGGGAAAUGAAUAAAGACGGUUUCUGCUGUC